AUGAUGCGGCGCGUGCAGGCCUUCUUGUUGUGGCUGCUGCUUCAUGCUGCUGUUGCACAGCAGACAGAGGACGAUGUUCUGCUGCGACACCGCGCGGAGCAGGUUCUGGUUCGCGAGGUCAGGAACCAGGCCAAACAAGUGGCAGAAAGCUCCAGCCAGACAAACCUGACAGGCCCCCUGGCGAUCCUGCAGCUCUUGGAGGCAGAGAUGGCAGCCCUGAAGGGAAGAGACUAUGUCGACGAGCCCGACUGCACUGAAAACACCACGGUACGCGCUGAGGCCACCAACCUGGAGUGCACCAGCGACCAACUUCUCUCGGAGCUCGCCGAGGUGGUUGAAGCUUCUACGUAUCUGGCCCAGUCGAGAAAAAGGAUAACGGCUGUGGAGGAUGAAGCGAGGCAUCAUCGAAUCAACGACGUUAACAAAACCGACGCAGGGAGUGGUGCACAUAGCUGCGGCGAGCGCUCCCGCCUCCGCCGGCGCUUGCAACAGAUCCACAAAGAGGCACGCGGCGUCGCAGCCGAGAAUGAGGACUUGCGAAGGCUCCUCGCUACCAUGCGCGUGCAUGUCGACAGGAUCCAGGAGGAGUCCAUGCAAGGCCAGCGGGCGCUGAACGCCACAUUGGUGCUGGAGGAGCAGGCCAAGAAGGAUGUCCUCGAACAGGAGCAACGCUACCAGAGGGCGCUCGGGGAGCUCAAGCACGUGCAUGCAGUGCUGCAUGCAAAGAAGCACCAUCGGCGGGAGGGUGGCAUCCAGAUCAAGAGGUCCUUUGCAAGUGAAGAGCACGCACAGCACGCUGAAACUGGUGAGAUGCGACAUCUUUUGUUGGCGGAGAAGCUGGAGGCUUCUACUGAUGCUGUCCCUGGCUCUGACUCUGACCAGAGCUACCGCAAGGGAAGACCCGAAUCCAAGAAAACUCCUUGCCAGAAGCACAAGAGCUCUCUACCAGGACAUGUAGAUGGCUUUCCAGCAGAGGAUCUCGGCCGUGCGCCUGAGACUUCACACCGGGCAACCACAGCUUCUGUGACCACUUCGAGUGUUUCGCAAACACCUGCAACCACAACGACGCACUCCACAUCGACAACCCCGCCAGACGAUGCUGAGCCCGAAGCAGAUCUUCCUUACGAGGCUGUGCCGGGAGAGCCUGACCCCGAGAUCGAUGCUGCGGCGGACGGCCUGCCUCCGCCCUCUACAUCGACUGUGCCAAAACCACCGCAAGUGCACGAGGACACAUGGCCAGUCCAGUAUAAGGAUGGCGAGUGGGGUGCCAUACGAGGCGUCCCUCUCGUCGUGCCAUCCACCACGCCGCCAGCGCAGGGGGAUUGGUACAAGGAGCCCGACUGGGAGGCCAGCCAGGAUCUGUGGCGCCAGGAGGAGCGGCUUGCUUGGCAGCUCCCACAACACUUCCAGAGAUGGGAGGUGGCCCAGAAUCGGUCACGCAGCAUGCUCAAGGCCCGUCUGGUCGCAGAUGAUGCCGAGCGUCAGCUGCGCGCGGCAGUGAGCUAUCACUUCAAGGCCAUACACCUGGUCGAGACACAGUUCAAUGCCACGAAGGCAAAGUUGUCGAAGCUUCGUGGGCGCGCCAGGAUAGCACGCGACGCCUUCCAGCGACUGCCGCGAUGCCGCACUGCCGCCGAAAUCAAAAAGAGGCGUGAGGAGUUCGAGCUGAAGGUGAAGCAGGCCGAGGCCGAGAUUGAGAGAGAGCGAGGCCAUGUGGAGGCCAUGGACCGGGCGCUGUUGCCCUCUUGGAAGCAGCUUCAGGCCGGCUUAGCAAAGCUCCGGGUCCUGGGCCGAGGCCUGCCGAAGGCAAGCGACCAAAAGGGCACCUGA